AUGGAGGGGAAGUUCCCCAAGGAUGUAGCUGCAAUGUGGGAGAGGAUCCACAGUGAGGACAGGAUGUCAUUUGAGAGUGACAUGGACCAAGAGAGCCCCGAGCACCAGCCACUGUUACCUGCCCUCCCCCAGGCCUGGAGAGUGACCGAGGAGAGAGCUGGGACCCGCCUCACGUCCUCCCUGACCUUCACCCCCACGCUGCAGGACGAUGGGGUGCGGGUCCGGUGCAUCUUCCUCCAUGAUGUUGAAUGUAUCAGAGAGGAGCGAGUGUCCUCAGAGAUCAGGGUGUGGGCCCGGCCGCAGGUGUCUGAGAUCCAGGUGUUGCCGGAGUGGGACCCCCGCGACAAGGUGCCGUUUGCUGUCCAGCUCCACAACUUCUACCCCAGGGAGGUGCCCCCGAUCCAGUGGGGCUGGGACGGGGCCGGGAGCUGGAGGGAAGACCCCGCGCAGAUAGACAGGAACGCGGACGGCACGUUCACUGCGACGAGCGUCUGGAGAGUGCCCAGCCGGAGCCUGACCCGGCCGGAGCUGCGAGUGCGAGUGUGCGUCCAGCACGGCCCCGGAGAGCCCCCGAGCGAGAGAGAGCUCAGCCUGAGGGCCGCGGGUGUCCUGCGGCCCCCGGACAUGUCCAAAAUCUCCCAGACUGAGUCCAUGGACAAGGGGAAGGGAGUCAUCCUGAGCUGCUGCAUCACGGGGCAUUUCCCGGCCUGGUCCUCGUCUGAGUGCAGGGUGGAGCCCGGGACGGCCGUCCUGGCACGGGAUGGGAAGAGCUUCCAGCAGGAGACCAGACUCACCCGCUGGACAUCCAGGGACCAGGGGACAGAGUACAUCUGCCGUGUGGGACACCUCGCCCUGGAGACCCCCAUCGAGCGGAGCAGUGUCUUCCAUCCGUGCCCUUCAGACCUGGGGGAGGACUUCCUGCUGCAGGCCCUGGUCCCUGGGAAGCCAGUGACCGUGCAGCACCUUCUAUCAGGAUCAUACGCCAAGCAGCUGGCGAUGACCUGGCUGGGAAAGAGAGCAAUGAAGGAGACCAGGCCCCUGGGGACCUCAGACCCCCACAGGAUCCACACCCCCACCUCCAGUCGGGCACCAGAUGGGAAGUCCUACAGCAUGGAGUCCGAGCUACUCAUCCCUCCUGCGGGGCCUGAGGAUGACUGGGUCGAGAACAAGGCCCUGAAGAAGCCUAAGUCCAGGCCUAGCUGGCUGAAAGGUUCGUCAAAGUCCUCCAGAGCCUCCAAGAGAUGAGGAGGGAGCAGGCAGCCAAAGACAAAGGCAAUGUCACC